GCCCGCGCCAGCCCGCGCCAAGGACGGACGGGGGCGCUGUCGGCCAGAUGCAGGACCUGAAAGCGCAGGCCGCGGGCCGCGGGCCGGCACGUCGGUCGGCAGGUCGCUGCUCAAGGGCCUGUCGGGCGAGUUCGACUCCGAGGACUGCGCGUUCCACGUGGGCGGCGUGAUCCGGCUGCGGGCCAUCCACCAGCAGGCCUGCUGGCAUGUGCGUAGGGCCCGACGGGGGGCGGCUGCGCCUCCGCACCGUGCUGCAGACGUUCUUCAGGUCCGUGCAGGAGAGGUGGAUGCCAGGGUGCAGAGCGUGAUCACGAUGCAGGCGGCGCUGGCGGAGCGCAGGGCAAGGGACGCCGGGCUGGCGGGCGCGCGCCGGUCGGAGGUGCGCAGGGGCAACGGCAGGCGCCCGCCGGCCACGCUGCCUCUCAGGCCCCUGCUGCCGGGGGUGCUGCAGCUGAAGGUGCGUGCGGCGUACGAUCUGGCGCUGCCCGGGGGCGUCGAUGGCCUCCCGAGCGCUUCUGUGUGCGCUUGCGUGGGGAGCGCCAGCCAAGAGACCAGCAUCUACCGCAUGGGUGCGGGCCCCCAGUGGAGCAGGCACCUCACGGGGACCAUCUUCAACUUUGACGUUUCUGAUGCAAGGUACUUGGAUCUUGACGUUUACAGCAGAGUGGAGGUCGCGUCGGACAGGCAGACGGUGACGUACGGUGAGGCGCAGGUUGACAUCGCAAGCGUACCGUUCGAUGAGUGGCAGAAGCUGCGUCUGCCCCUGCUCUCGAGCGAGGAGCCCGCCGUCCAGCAGGGCGAGCUUGAGUUCGAGGUCCGCUUCCUCCCCCUUCAGAACCUGGAAUGCCUGUGCGACCAGGACCUGCUGUCGUCCUCGCGCCAGAACUCCUCCACGCGGUCCGAGGCCGCCGCGGAUGACGAGCGGGGCCCCAGCGACGGGUGGACGGCGGGCGGCGGGCGCGGCGCCGUUCGGAGCGGCAGGUCGCCGCGCGCCGCCGCGCACGCGGCGAAAGCAGAAGCGGCGGCCGAGCUGGAUGCAGUGCAUGCGCCGUCGUCCCUCAGCAGUUUGCCGCGUGCUGCCGCAAAUGCCGCAAACGCGGGCUAUCGCAUGGCUAGCAGCUUCGGAGCGGUGACCGGACCCGAUGCCAUGCCAGCGUCGCCGUCCCGGAGGCGCCUGCGGUUGGGCUCGCGAAGCUCGCUGACGAAGGGCCAAGAGUCGCCGAUGCGCAGCAGCCGCUCCUCCCUGGUUCGCGAUUUCUCGCGGCACUCCCUCCAGGCGACCUUUCCCUACCUCGAGGUCAGCAGCUGGAGAGGCUCGGUCCUGCACAGCCCCCACCCCUCGGCGACGGCCUUGAGUGCCACGCACUGGCUGUUGCCCACGCAGCAGCACCCGCUGGAAGAGCAAGGGCCGACAGACGAGCCUGUGAGGACGGCGCGGCCGCGGGCGACAGGUUGUCGCGCACCCUCGGCCUUGCUUGCCAGGUGCCCUCACUGA